AGCCGACCAAUGAGCGAGCCGGAGGGCGCGCCCCGCCCCGCCCCGCCCCGCCCCCAACCGGAAGGCCGCGGCGGCGCGGUGACCGCGGACCCCGACAGCCGGCGCGUACUAUGGCUGCUCCCGUCCCGCUGCGCGACUGCCAGGCAUGGAAGGAUGCUGGACUCCCGCUCUCAACCCCAAGCAACGAGGCCUGCAAGCUGUUUGAUGCCACCCUGACCCAGUAUGUGAAAUGGACCAAUGACAAGAGUCUCGGGGGCAUUGAGGGCUGCCUGUCCAAGCUGAAAGCAGCAGACCCGACCUUCGCGAUGGGCCACGCCAUUUCUAAUGGCCUCGUGCUGAUUGGCACUGGAAGCUCCGUGAGGCUGGACAAAGAGCUGGAUCUGGCUGUGAAGAACAUGGUGGAGAUUUCCAAAACCCAGCCACUGACACAGCGGGAGAGGCUGCACGUGUCUGCUGUAGAGACCUUUGCCAAGGGGAACUUUCCCAAAGCCUGUGAACUAUGGGAACAGAUUCUCCGGGACCACCCGACGGAUAUGUUGGCCUUGAAAUUUUCCCACGAUGCCUAUUUUUACCUGGGCUACCAGGAACAGAUGCGAGAUUCUGUGGCUCGAAUUUAUCCUUUCUGGACACCUGCCAUCCCCCUUAGCAGCUAUGUGAAAGGCAUCUAUUCCUUCGGAUUGAUGGAAACCAAUUUCUACGAUCAGGCGGAAAAACUUGCCAAAGAGGCUUUAUCUAUUAACCCGACGGACGCGUGGUCAGUGCACACUGUUGCCCACAUUCACGAGAUGAAAGCGGAGAUCAGGGAAGGCCUAGAAUUCAUGCAGCGCUCGGAAACCCACUGGAAGGACUCUGAUAUGCUUGCUUGUCAUAAUUACUGGCACUGGGCUUUGUAUCUGAUUGAAAAGGGUGAACAUGAGGCUGCCCUGACCAUUUACGAUGACCACAUUCUCCCCAGCUUGCGGGCCAGCGGUGCCAUGCUGGAUGUGGUGGACAGUUGCUCCAUGCUCUACCGGCUGCAGAUGGAAGGGGUGUCUGUAGGUGAGCGGUGGCUGGAUGUCCUGCCCGUGACCCAGAAGCACAGCCGCGACCACAUCCUGCUGUUCAACGACGUGCACUUCCUGAUGGCGUCCCUGGGAGCGCGGGACUCCAGAACCACACAGGAGCUGCUGACCACCCUGCAGGAGGCCAGCGAGUCCCCGGAGGAGAACUGUCAGCACCUCCUGGCCCAUGACGUGGGGCUGCCCCUGUGCCAGGCCCUGGUGGAGGCCGAGAAUGGGAACCCCGACCGCGUCGUGGAACUGCUCCUGCCCAUCCGCUACCGGGUCGUGCAGAUUGGAGGCAGCAAUGCCCAGAGAGACGUCUUCAACCAGUUACUGGUUCACGCGGCCCUCAACUGCACGGCCGGCGCCCAUAGGAACGUGGCCCGGAGCCUUCUGAUGGAGCGUGCCGCCUUGAAGCCCAACUCGCCCCUGACUGAGCGGCUCAUCCGAAAGGCAGCCGCUGUCCACCUCCUGCAGUGAGCUGGGCCUGCUCCUGCCAGCCCUCAGAUCCGGAGGCUUAGGAGACAAGCCUUUCAUUAGGCCUGUUAGGGGUCUGCGGAAAGCCUGGUACCAGCCGCCUUCCAGGAAGAGGGGACACAAACCAAUUGUAAAUUAGAAGAUUCAGAAUCUUCUAAUCCUUGUUAAGAGCCAAGGGGCAGGUCUACACAGUCAGAGGCAACGCGGGUGCUGCUGUCACCUCUGCCUCGCAAAUUGUAUUUUCCCAGGGGACUCUUACCCUGGUCUUUCAAGGCUUGGGAGCAGGGAUGGGGUGGGGGUGGCUCAGCUGGGGGAGAGUCUUCACUGCUCCUGGGGCUCCCCCCACGCCAGGCUGCCCCUGAGGUAAAGCCUUUCUUCUGAUCCUAUUCUAGACAGGUUCUGUUGUCCCUUUUGGGGUGAGGAUACCAAUGGGGGCAGUGACUUGCCCAGGGUCACAGUUAGUGGAAGCCCUGCUGAGAUUCUCCUCAUGCCCCUGUCCUUCCUGGGACAGGGGACCCCAUCUCUCAGCCUGUGGCCUCAGCCCCAGCUCCUGCACCCAGGCCCUCCUCACAGAAGCACAAGCCCAUGGUGUCUGGAGAGAAGUCAGCCAGCUUUGGGGCCGUGGGUGGCACCGACCGGGCUUCAUUCUAAACUGCACGUUGUAAAGGGGCCUCGGUACUUGGUUCCCUUUGUCAACUGUGACGUGAAUCACAGAUGCAGCGCACUGAGCUGGAACGCUUUCUGGGGGGUGAGGGUUGAGGUCAGGGGUUGCCCUGUUGUGGCAAAAACCAAAGCACUGUGACAUGUGACUUCAACAAGAUCUGAGCCAGUUUUGUAAGUGCUGCCUCGGCUCCUGCUUCCCCACGGCCCUCCUGAGCAAGCCACUCGGUGCUGCAUGAGGGGGAUCCCAGCCCACAGCUGUUUCUCAGGUGCCUUCGGUGGGAACUGAAGUUAGGGAGGAACUCACCAGGGCAGGGACACGCAGGUCUCCUAGGGGGCAGCGGAGGGCUCUAAAUUCCUGGGGUUAAAAUAAAGCAGUUAACUGGC